CUUGAACGUAGAAGAGUCUUUGGGAUUAAUGUUCUUGCGGAUAGAUGAAAAUAGAGAAAGUGGGACCCACGAUGUCCGACAGAAACAUCCUACGUGUGUCAUUGUCGUAGCAACAACACAAACAACUUCAUUUUCGACCGUUGGAUCAAAUCUUAACCUCAUGCAAAUUCGUUACUCUGUUUCCUAACAAAAAAAUACACAGAUCCAAAAAUAGAAAAAGAGAUAUUGUGAGUUGUCUUCUUCCAGAGAAUCUAGGGUUUACCCAUAAUUUCCGGCGACACAAAAACUAAAUCCCAUCUCUCCUAAUUCCUAAAAAAAUUUCCAUAUCAGAAUUAACUACAUUCUGUUCGUUAUCUUUCUCUCUCCGUAUUUUCCGUUAUCGACGAACGAAUAGUUGCUGCAACGUUUUUGCCCAUCUUGCAGUGAGAUAACGGAAAAAAAAAACACAAAACGAAAAAAACUGAGGAUCUUCAUCAUCAUCAAUCUCUCUUGUUUCUUGAAUCACAAGUCUUCUCUUCUGUGAUUUUUUAUCUCUCUUAUUGUAUUUGGUGUUUAGUUUUCUGAAUUUUGCUUUUGCUUUGCUUUGCCUCCAAAGUAUUUUUUUUCCUCAUUGACCACAUUGGCUCUCUCCUUCCCCUGCUUGUUCUUCUCAUCACCUCUUUCGUUUCUUGAAUCACAAGUCUUCUUUUCUGUGAUUUCGAUCUUAUUCGAUUUUGGUGUUAAAAGAUCUACCUAUUCAUUUGGGAAGAUCAAAAUAUUCCUGGCACAUAACAUUUGAGGAGAAUUGCAUAAAUUUUCUUAGAGGAGGAGAAAAAAAAAGUUGCAAUAUAAUUUGAUCAUAAUCCUCUGUGUUUUAGCUAAUAAACCUGAGAUUCCUGAGUUUUAUGCUUAGGAAUCAUUCAGGAUAAGAUUAGUUCUUGAUGAGACAAAGAUCGUGAAUCGGUCUGAGUAUUAUGGGCUGCAUUUGCUCAAAAGGAACAGCAGAAGAAGAAGUUAAUGACCAACAUGAGAAACCAAAAGAGAAUUGGAACAAAACAUCCUCAGUUCAAUUGAUUGCACCUGUAACUUCCAAGAAAGAUGAGUUUUCACAUAAAUCCGUUGACGGAAGCUCUGGUGGACGCAAAGCUGAUGGAUUAGCGCAUAAACCAUCCGCUAGAGCCAGCGGAUUGAUUGUUCCUGUAGAUGAUAGUGAUGGUAAAACAGUUAUUGUUGAGAGACCUACAAGGUGUCACCGGAGAUGGCCAACUGCAGAUAUUGGGACAGGAGGAGGAGGUUUCAAUAUGUUUCCACCUAGUAAUAUUUCAACAAGUGUUCCACAUAGCCCCGAGGCUGAGCUCAUUGCAGCUGGAUGGCCUUCUUGGUUAACUUCUGUUGCAGGUGAAGCCAUCAAAGGUUGGGUUCCACGACGUGCAGAGUCGUUUGAGAAGCUGGACAAAAUUGGACAAGGGACUUACAGCAGCGUGUACAGAGCCCGGGACCUUGAGACUGGUAAAAUGGUAGCCAUGAAGAAGGUCAGGUUCGUUAAUAUGGAUCCAGAAAGCGUGAGAUUCAUGGCCAGAGAAAUACACAUCUUGCGGAAACUUGACCAUCCAAACGUUAUGAAGCUUGAGUGUCUUGUGACUUCAAAACUCUCUGGUAGCUUGUACCUUGUGUUUGAGUACAUGGAGCACGACCUUUCGGGCCUCGCUCUUAGACCUGGUGUAAAAUUUACUGAAUCACAAAUCAAAUGUUACAUGAAACAACUGCUUAGCGGGCUUGAACACUGCCACAGCCGUGGAAUCCUCCACCGCGACAUUAAAGGUUCAAAUCUCUUGGUAAACAAUGAUGGAGUCCUCAAGAUUGGAGAUUUUGGUCUGGCGAAUUUCUAUCAUCCAGAACAAGAUCAACCCUUGACGAGCCGUGUAGUAACCUUGUGGUACAGGGCCCCUGAGCUUCUUCUAGGAGCUACAGAGUAUGGUCCCGGGAUAGAUCUGUGGAGUGUUGGUUGCAUUCUCACAGAACUGUUUUUAGGGAAACCAAUCAUGCCGGGAAGAACAGAGGUGGAGCAAAUGCAUAAGAUCUUCAAGUUGUGUGGUUCACCAAGUGAUGAUUACUGGAAAAAGACAAAGCUACCACUUGCCACAAGUUUCAAGCCACAACAACCUUACAAGCGUGUCCUUUUAGAGACUUUCAAGAACUUACCAUCUUCUGCUCUAGCUCUUGUUGACAAGCUUCUAUGCUUAGAACCAGAGAAGCGUGGCACAGCUUCUUCGACGCUAAGUAGCAAGUUCUUUACAAUGGAACCACUCCCAUGUGAUGUAUCAAGUUUGCCAAAGUAUCCUCCAAGCAAGGAACUUGACGCAAAGGUCCGUGAUGAAGAAGCAAGAAGAAAAAAGGCUGAAACCGUGAAGGGUCGUGGACCUGAAUCUGUGAGACGGGGUUCGAGAGACUUCAAAAGUACUGCUAUAACACCGGAGUUCGUUGCUUCAGGGCAUUCAAAAGACACAAUCACCACAAAAAGGUUCAAUCCUCAGGAAGACAGUAGAACCGGUUUGAGAGGAGAGACGGGAAGAGGCGACAGAGAGAAAGGCUUUUCUCAUACCAAUUCAAUGAUUCAUCCAAGCAUAGCUGCAACAUGGAGUAAAAAUGAGAGCUCUAGGAACAAUGUAGUUGAGCUAAAGGCUACUCGAUCAAGCAACGUGCCUAUGACUGGGAGAUACUUGUCUCCAUCACAUAAAGAAGAUGUAGCCGUAGAAACCACAACGACAUACGUACGCAAGAAGAACAGAAUGCAUUGUUCGGGUCCAUUGAUGCCUCCCGGUGGAAACAUUGAGGACAUUCUUAAAGACCAUGAGAGACAAAUCCAAGAAGCUGUAAGGAAAUCGCGGCUUGAAAAAUCAGCAACAAGGAAAAAUAACAAAACAUGUGCUAAGUAGAAGAAUAAGACAUGGAUGAAACCUUGCUAACAUCGAAACAAGAAAAAGAAGAUUACAUGAAUUGGAAGAACGAAGAACGAAGAACAAAGAUCGAACAUGGUAUCCUCGGCUCUGCUUUUCGAUUCUGCGCUGCAAUAGACAAUACUAAGAAAUUUAAGCAAGCCAAUGCCAUAGCUAUGAUUGUGGUAGUAAGAUCUGUUACUAUGUAGUGUGGUCCUUGUACAUGGAAAUGUUUUCUCUGUC